GUAAUGGCAGAGAGCUGGAUGAUACAAAGCCUAGAAGGAGAGGAGAGGAAAAGAGAAGAGAAGAGGAGAUAAGGGAGAAAUGAACAGUGGAACAUAGGUGAAACUGGUAAAGAUAAAAUAAUUUGUGAGGGGGUGCCUGGAAGGAGAGAAGGGGGACACCGUUGUACCGUAGGGUCUAGCAGGGCACCCAUUUCUCUAAUGGGUCCACGCUCUCUCUCCCCUCUCUCCAUGUUUUAUUAUAAGUGUUGUAUGACUCAUUACGAAACGAUGGGUACAAAGCCCUUCUUUCUUGAUCAAAGCCUAACUCUUCCGAGCUUCAUGUCACUACCUGCCUUUUCCCUUCCUUUCCUUCCUUCGCCUGCUGCCCAACUGCUUGUGCUCAUCCUAACUCUCUCUACUUGCCAUUGCUUUUCCUUCUUUUCAUUUUCUGUUCCUGAAAAUAAUCUCCAUCCAUCAUUUUAACUGCUUAAGCAGGGCCUUUCAAUUUCUUUACGAAGUGGAUACUUUCUGCUUAAGCUCUAGCUGGCUAACAGCUUCAAUAAUCAUUAUUGAUUCGUUUAAUUGGCCUUAAAAACUAAGUGUUCACUAAAGGAAGAAGAUGACUGAUCAAACUCAAAAUUCAGAGUCGGAAAGCAGCUCGAACUCAUCGUCAUCGUCCUCGUCGUUACCUUCCUCACCGGGGUCAACCCACUCACCCUCUAACCCAAACUCUAACAUUGUCCCAUCAAAACCCCAACAACAACAACAACAACUAGACCUGCAAGACCCUCAGUCCCCCACCAAAAAUAUCAAACGCUUACGAGACUCCAACAAACACCCAGUCUACCGUGGAGUCCGCAUGCGAAACUGGGGCAAAUGGGUCUCUGAAAUCCGCGAGCCCCGCAAGAAAUCCCGCAUUUGGCUCGGUACUUUCCCUACCCCUGAAAUGGCUGCUCGAGCCCAUGACGUCGCUGCCUUAAGCAUCAAGGGCAACUCCGCCAUUCUGAACUUCCCCGAGCUCGUCAACUCCCUACCUCGCCCCGCUUCACUCGCCCCUCGCGACGUCCAAGCCGCCGCAGCCAAGGCAGCCCAAAUGGACAAGUUUGACCAGAAGUUCGACUCAAAAGCAUCUUCCUCAAUGUCCUCAGCAUCUGCCACCUCUUUAUCCUCGCUGGUAUCGGCGAUGGAUUUAUCGACUGGGUCGGAGGACGAGUUGAGUGAGAUCGUGCAGUUGCCGAGUCUGGGAACGAGUUACGACUCGUCCGAGUUGAGGAGCGAUUUUCUGUUCGAUGACUCGGUGGAGGGGUGGGUAUAUCCUUCACCAUGGCUGCAAAGCGCGGAGGAUAGUUACGGUGGUGGGUGUCUUUUUGAUGAGUUAACAGCGGCAGCUGGUGAGUGGUUGAUGCCUAAUAAUAGUAGCUUUGGGCAAGGAUUGUUAUGGAAUUAUUAGAAUAUUUUUGUUCUACUUGUGAAUAAUGUAAUUUUGUGUACGUGCGUGUGCAUGUGUUGUUUCUUCUUUUUAUUUUUCCUGUAAUCUAAAAAAGAUUUUAGCCCUUUCUGUUUUUCUUCAAAGGGCAAAACCUUUCUUUUCUUUUUUGGGUUUUUGUCUGGCUCAGCUGUGUUUAUGUGACAUUGUGACCUCUUCGAUCCAUCUAACUAAGUGUUGGGAAAGAGGCAAAAUGCCAUAAAAUUUUCUUUUCUUUGGUUGGUGGAAGCUUAUUGUAUCUCUUUCUGUCUCUUUCUCACUGUGAAAUCAAGAAACAGCUUCAAGGCUA